ACGAGGAGUAUAUAUAAAUCGCUUAUUUAUUUUAUUUUUUUCUUUUUCCUUUUUCGUCCCAUUUCCACUCUUCUCCUUCGCCUCAGGUUGGUUCUAACUCUAUCAAGGAGAUCCAGAGUUUCAAAUCAUGAGGGGCCGAGUGACAUGGGAUGAGUCAAACUUGCAUGAAAUCGAAGCAAAUAAGCCAGUAAGGCAGAAAAUUACUGAGCCUAAGACACCGUUUCACCCUAUGGUUGAUGAUGAUGGGUCUGUCUCACCUAGAUGUGCCUUUGAUGAAUCCCUGGAUGAUUCUGCUCGUGCUGAAGCUCUUAUAACUGCUUUAAACAUUGUAGCUUCUUCAAGUAGCCACAAUUCGUCGAAUGGCAGUUGGACAUCCUCUGAAGAUGAAGCAGAUGCCAUGGAACAAGAUGAUGAUUCCGACUCUGAACAACCAAGACUCAGUUUCGAGGAACACCGCCGAGCCCACUACAAUGAGUUCCAGAAGGUGAAGGACUUAUUGCAAUCCGGUUCUGCAGUAGACGACGAGGCCGACGAAGAAGACGACGGCGUCAACGAAAAUGGCGACCACAAGAGAUGCGACUCGACUUCUCCUACGGAUGUGGCGCGAGAGACCGGGCUCGGCGGAGUCCCAAAUGCUAUCCUGAGCCCAAAGCAGCAGCAGGAAGUGCUUCCUCCACCUGAAUGAAGUUGAUAAAUCAUAUAUCAGCAUCUGAAACCACAACCUUAAUAAAGAAGGGGCCUAAUGAAAGGACUUAGUUGUUAGACACACGACAAGACGGGCAAAUUUGAAAAAUCACACACACACACAUACACAGGCCUCUGUAGUAUCAAAUUGUUUGUUUUGUUUACGAUGGGUCAUGUGAAUUGAAGAUCAGUUUCGUUUAACAUGAUCUACUGUACUAUUAGAAAAUUUAGAAAUCAAAUUUUAUAAUUUUUUCGAUAUUAUUUGACUAGCUAUUAGAAUAUCGAAAAAUUAAUAAUUUUAGUAA